CAGACUGUUGCCGUAAACAUAUGCUCUGGAUCGGUAAGCAGACGCUGUCUUCUGAUCAUAUAGCUCACUGAGGAAGUGGGUUUUUUUGAAAAAUCAUUUAGUUGAAAGCAACAUCAUAAACAACAUGUCGAAUUCUGAGGAUAGUGAACCUAAUAGUGACAAGUGCGAAGUUGACUUUCAAUUUGAGAAGAAUAACAAGGAGCACAGGACUGACCAGAUUAGCAAAAGGCGACUGAUUGUCAGAAGGGGCCAAUGCUUCAACAUUAAGGUGAAGUUCACGGAUGGAUUCAAUCCAGAAAACAACAAGUUGCAACUGGUCUUUGACAUGGGUUCAGAACCUCAGAAAUCAAAUGGAACUAAAAUAGAAGUUCCAUUAACAGAUUCAAUAAAUGCGAAGAGAUGGAGUGGCAUUAUUUCCUCGUCCACCAGCAGUGAAUUGCACCUAACCAUAUCACCAUCACCAAAAGCCAAGAUUGGUUACUAUCAUUUCACACUGCAGCAUUGUUAUCAGGAUGUGCAGUACUACCUUGGAAAUUUCGUUGUGCUGUUCAACCCUUGGUGUGCAGAGGAUGAGGUUUUUCUGGACAAUGAUGCUAAGCGAGAUGAAUAUGUGAUGAACGAAACUGGAAUUAUUUAUGUUGGCUCCAGUUAUUACAUCAGUGAUCGUUCCUGGAAUUUUGGCCAGUUUGAAGAAGAUAUUUUGGACAUAUGCAUCAAAUUAUUGAACAACACACCCAAUCUAAAUGAGUCACUUAAGGAAAGAGGUUGUCCUGUUCAUGUUUCCAGAAUUGUGUCUGCUAUGGUGAAUUGCAUUGAUGACAAUGGAAUAAUUUAUGGCAACUGGAGUGGCUCAUAUGAUUUUGGAGUACCUCCUGGGAAAUGGAAUGGAAGUGUUCAAAUUCUUCGCAAAUGGAACAAGCUUGGAUGCAAACCAGUUCGCUAUGGGCAGUGCUGGGUAUUUGCAGCAGUCACCUGCACAGUUUUGAGAUGCUUGGGAAUUCCUACUCGUGUGGUCACAAACUUUGAUUCAGCUCAUGAUACUAAUGCAAAUUUGACCAUUGAUGAAUACUGGAACGUAGAAGGAGAAUCUGUGGGAGAAUCCGAUGAUAGCAUUUGGAACUUCCAUGUGUGGAAUGAAUGUUGGAUGUUACGAAAUGACCUGCAGCCAGGUUAUGAUGGAUGGCAGGCAGUGGAUGCAACACCACAGGAGAAAAGUGAAGGAAUUUACUGCUGUGGACCAGCUUCAGUAAAGGCAAUCAGAGAAGGAGUGGUUGACAUGAAUUAUGAUGCCCCAUUUGUUUUUGCUGAAGUAAAUGCAAAUUGUGUUAAUUGGUUAGUUUUUGAAAAUGGCGAGAAAAUGAAAUUAGAUUCUCGGCGAUCACGUGUUGGCCACAAUAUAAGCACAAAAAAAUGUGGUUCCAAUGAACGUGAGGACGUCACCAGCCACUACAAAUAUCCUGAUGGUUCUAUGGAAGAAGCAUGUAUUUUUAAAAAAGCUAAUAGAAUACAAAAUAUCGCAGUGCCAGAUAAAACACUAGGUUUGUCCAUGACCACUAACAUGCCUGCUUACUAUGGCAAACCAGUUGCUGUCUCCAUGAUUGUUUCCAACAAGACAUCAGAGGAAAAGUCUUGCAACCUCAGAUUUUGGGCAAAGAGAAGAAGAUACACUGGACACACAGAGAAAUGCUGUUUCAAGAAAUUUAAAAAGGAGAUCACUGUCGGCCCCAAUAAAGAUAUGGAAAUCCCUUUGAAAAUAGAUUACAAAGAAUAUGGUUCAUUCCCUGACACGUACAACAUGAUGAAGCUGAUGUCUAUGGUAACUGAAGCAAAAUCAAAUGCCUGUGCAUCUGCAAUAACUGACAUUUCUCUGAUCAACCCUUCCAUUAUUAUUAAGGUGUUGAAUUACGACAUUACUGUGAAUAAAGAAGUGAGCCUUGAGAUCAACCUUCAGAACACCACCCCUGAAACUCUGAAGAAUUGUGUUCUGACUCUUGAAGGAGUGGGUCUGAUUAAAGAUGAACUAGAAGUAAAGUUUUCAGAUAUACUACCCAAUCAAAAAGCAAAAGUGAACUGUAAGAUUGUUCCUUAUAAGACUGGAAAGAAGAAGCUACUGGUGGACUUUGACUGUGACAAAACAAUAAGUAUGAAAGGAUCCUUGGACAUAAAUGUAAAAGAACAAUAGAGAAAAGGGGAAACAAGUAUAAGAGCUUAAAUACCCAAUUACUUAUUCUCUGAAUGCAUGGAUUUUCAUUUAGGGAUGGGUUAUCUGGUUUCUUUUCAUAUAAUCAUUAGACACUGCAUUCAGUUCAUAUGCUUAAUUUUUUUUUUCUUUCUUAUCCUAAUUAAAGUUAUCUUUGACAUUGCAUGGUUUUGUUAUGAGGCUAUAAGAUUUUUAUAUAUUGGGACUAUACCUUUAAAUUUGGAGUAAAAUAAGGAGGUUAUGUGACCUCUUCUGGACUCUGUCUGUCAGUAGUCAUGGGUAACUUGAUAAGAGUUCAUCGAAGGUGCAAGAUAUGUAUAAUUGGAGACAAUGAUCACAGUCUCCAAGUUCACAAUGAAGAGAAAUAGUGUUUCUUAAAGUUGUAGUUCUAGUUGCCAUGGAACAGAGGGCAGAGGAUCCCAGUUUUGAGGUCAGGUUACUACAAUCUGUGCAUGUCACAGAAAGGUAACCUUUUUUGGUUGGGGUAGUUGGCAACCUUCCAAUCAGGCAAAGCCAUGUGAUAUAGGCAACCAUUCCAGAUUCUGAAGCAGGAAGCAUUACUGAUGUUAUUGUUGACUAUGCAGAAUGCAGAUUAUGUGUGACUGAGAAAACUACAUCUGUGUGGAUUUCUGGGAGGCUAUAAGAUUUGUUAGCUUGGGCUUUAGGAAAGUAAUCAACAAUGUAAACUCCAAGAGAAAGUCAGUUUUGUGAUUAGAACUUGCUGGCUGGCAAAAUAAAAAAAUAAACAAUCUGUUGGGAACUGUCAGCAAUUGUCAGCAACUGUUUGACUUGAUUUCUCUGGAAAGUGAGGGUGAUAUCAAUAAAAUGGGAACAAUGCUUAUUCAA